AUGCUCACCAGCCAUCAUAUCCGAACGAACGUCUUCACAGCUGGAGCCGAUGUUAAUGCUGCUGCUGCUGGGGGUUAUAGAGGACAGACAGCGCUCCAAGCAGCCGCUGGGGGUGGCUAUCUAGAGGUUAUUGAAAAGCUACUUGCAGCUGGAGCUGAUGUCAAUGCCGCUGCUGGCGGUUAUAGAGGACAGACAGAGCUCCAAGCAGCCGCUGAGCGAGGUUAUCUAGAGGUUAUUGAAAAACUACUAGCAGCGGGAGCCGAUGUCGAUGCCGCUGCAGGUGAUGAUGGACUGACGGCGCUCCAAUUAGCCUCUAGGGCAGGUGAUCUGGAGAUUAUCGAGAAGCUAAUGGCAGCUGGAACCAAGCACUCUCGAGCGGCAUUCCUCAAAGCAAGCGAUAACCGCCCUGACUCCAGUCUCAUUGGACGUCGCCUGGGAUACAUCGGACAGCGGUGA